GAUAAGGAAGAAGAAGCAUUGAUCGAUCUGAAUUUUGUGUACAAGAUGUCGAGAUUCAGAGACAGAACGGAGGAUUUCAAGGACUCUGUUCGAAAAUCUGCUGUUUCGAUUGGUUAUAAUGAGUCUAAGGUGGCAUCAACAAUGGCGUCUUUUAUUAUACAUAAACCAAAGGAGAGAUCGCCUUUCACGAAAGCUGCUUUCAAAACGCUGGAUAGCAUCAAGGAGUUGGAACAGUUUAUGUUGAAGCAUCGGAAGGAUUAUGUUGAUCUGCACCGGACUACUGAACAGGAAAAGGAUAGCAUUGAACAAGAAAUUACUGCUUUUAUUAAAGCUUGCAAAGAACAGAUCGAUAUUCUCAAAAAUAGUAUUAGAAAUGAAGAAGCAAACUCCAAAGGAUGGCUUGGCCUCCCCGCGGACAACUUUAAUGCUGAUACUAUAGCACACAAACAUGGAGUGGUUUUGAUUCUGAGUGAGAAACUUCAUUCAGUCACUGCCCAGUUUGAUCAGCUUAGAGCUACUCGUUUCCAAGAUAUUAUUAACAGAGCUAUGCCAAGAAGAAAACCUAAGAGGAUCAUAAAGGAAGCUAAUCCAAUUAACACAACUCUGGCAAAUUCGGAGUCCACAGAACCGGGUGAAAUUCAGGCCCAACCUCGUAGAGUACAACAACAACAACUUCUAGACGAUGAAACACAAGCCCUUCAGGUAGAGCUAAGUAAUCUUUUAGAUGGUGCUAGGCAGACAGAGACUAAGAUGGUGGAGAUGUCUGCACUGAACCACUUGAUGGCAACUCAUGUUCUGCAACAAGCCCAACAGAUAGAGUUUCUUUAUGACCAGGCGGUUGAGGCAACAAAGAACGUGGAGCUUGGAAACAAAGAGCUUUCUCAAGCAAUCCAACGAAACAGCAGCAGCAGAACCUUUCUCUUACUGUUUUUCUUCGUCCUUACUUUCUCCGUUUUGUUCUUGGAUUGGUACAGUUAAAGAGACCAUUCUCCAACAACAACCUCACACAGUUUGUGUAGAUUUUGAUUGUUAACUAUAAAUUAUGAAAAUUUGG